CCAAAAAACUCAAAAAAGUCUCGGGACGAGGUUGAGGCAUUUUUUUUCAGUUUUCCUUUUUCCUGGGAUUUGUUUUUUUGUCCAUUUGGCGCUCCGUGUUGUUUGCGUGGUUAGUUUCAAUAUGGCAUUCAAGCUGUACCAAAGCAUGCAAUAGAAUUUUCCCAAUCAAUCUUAAAUAAAUUCUGCUGCAAAAAAUUAGAGGUCUCUGUGUCAACUCUAGUAGAGAGGCUCAAAUGACGAAUCAUGUCUGUUGGAACAGUGUCUGUAAGAUUUUGAGGUGUUUUUUAUAAAUAAUGCACACCAGAACUCUUUAUUCCACACUCUUUUAUUAGGGUUUCUAAUUUUUCUUUUGAAAAAAUUUGAAAAAGAAAAAGUAGUACUCUCAAACACCGUGUGGGCGGAUGACAGGUAACUUACAUGCUGACCUUCCAACUGACCUAAGGUGUGACGUAAAUGUAAUUUUGCCUCAUACUUACCAUCCCUUUUUUGAUUAUCAAAAGUAAAAUCAUUUCCAGGACCAUAAAACAACUUGCACCACUUAUCCUGUUGCCAGGGUUUUUUAUGGUUUAGAUAUGAUAACAAGCCAUCCCUUGGCACAAAAGAGCCUAUGGGGCAGGUUUUAGAGUUAAAGGAAACUAAGAAGGCAAUGUUUUGCUCUAAUUGGCCAGAUGUAAAAAUAUUACAUCGCACCAAGAUUAAGUUUGGGAGCUUAGUUGAUACUCAUAGAUUGAAAUUUUUCAGGUUUUUCCAACUUAUAUACUUGAAGAAAUCAAGUUUGAAAAUCAAUUUAUGCUAAGACUGAAACUUGAUUUUAAAGGUACUGUCCAAUUAAAAAUCAACUAAAAUUUUGACAAAAGAUUCUUAUUUGUAACUAAUUUCUAUAAAAGAAAUAAAUAAUUAUUUGUUUUAUUUCCUAACACUAACUGAACAACAUCUCAUUCUUGUUUACAAAAAACCAAGCUGUCUCUCGCUUCGAUUGUUUAUAUGGAUGGUGGACUGAAGCGAGGCUGAAAUAAUAUGUCGCGUGUAACAUAUUUAGCACACGGAAGUGACCAAAAUAAAUAAAACUUGGGCCAGGCUGAUAUUUUAGUAUAUGUUUAAAAAUUUUGGUAAUUUUACCCUUCAUGUCCAGUUUUAAAAUUUAAAACAGCCCUCGACAAGUUUCUCAAAACUCUCCCAGAUGAACCUCGGAUCCCUGGGACAAAUGAAGCCUAAAAAAACAGUAUAGUCACUGUAGUUUGAUCUAAUCCUCAUCCUCCUCUCUUUAGAGAUGGAGUAGAAGAAGAGGAAGAAAUGACUGACGUCGGUCAUCCACGACAGGUGUGAAGCUACAACUUCAAAAGCUAACAUAAGUAACAUAAGUAAGCAGUCUUGGUCACGAAUAUUUGCACCCGCGUACGGUUGUACGUACGCCUACACUAAUACAGGCAUGCGAUCAGUAUCGCACGCCUAGCCUAUGAUUUUGACGUGCAUUUAUUACAUUCAGGAGAGCGGCAGCGCAGAGUUUUUGAAGCAUUGUUUUUUACUUUUUAUUUGCUUCUUUUUCGUUUGUUGACUUAUUUAUUUUAGCAACAAAAUGUUUACAAACCAUGUUCACAACAAGCUGCCAUAUUGAAUGAAGCAUGUGAAAAAUGAAUAACCAACUUUGAUCCAGACCUCAAACAACCAAGUAGUAAAUGCAGGCUUCUCAUUUUGAGGUACGCGAUCGCGUUCCUACGCCCUAUCGUGUACCUAAAUUACGUGAGGUACGGGAAGAACCGAGUACCUCCGUUAACAGAUUACUUUUAGAUCUAAGAAUUAUUGAAUAAUCCUGACCCUUUUAAUCCAUAAGCAAGUCUAUUCAUAGCCAACCUCCCCAUCCUAGCUAAUUCACCGACUCCUGACUUAGUUAAAAGAACUACGUAGACAUAAAUCUCUUUUGCCUGGCCCCUUCGUCGUUGGUAACCAGGUCUUACCAAGAAAUCCAGCCAUGCGGUUCUUAACUAAUGCGGAGGUGAACGCCGACGGAGCACGGAUGAGGCAAGUCUGCAAAUAUGCACUUACAGGCGGAAUAGACAUUUUAUCAUGGAUUUAAUGGAUGCAACUGACCUUCGGUUCGUAAAUAGCAUUUCCAUUUGUCAUCGUCUUAAGGAGACCAUUCCAAGGUAAUGAAUAAAUUUUUUGCCAGCUGAAAAACAAAAAAAAUAUUGUCGACGCAAUGCCGACGCAAAACAUUUGAAAUGUAUCUCACGUCAGCAAUUUUAAUGAAGGUGGGUAUUUAAUAGAAAUACAUUUUAGAGAUAUAUACAUUUUAACGCGGAAGAACAAUUAUGUAUUGGGUAAAGUUUGGGUAAGGGAUUACUCUAAAAUAGCUCAGUUCUGCGUGGCGUGUGUACGAAGUAGAACGAGGCGUGUGAUAAAGAGCACGCCCGAAUUUCACAUGGCGUGUGCGGAGGCGUGCGCGUGCGAUCGCACGCCAUUCAUGACCAAGACUGAGUAAGUACCCCUUGAAUUGUGAAAGACCGCCUUUCAUAAAUUAUUCAUAUAGAAUUUUAUAAUCGAAGGCGAAAGAUAUGUCUAGACCUUAAGGUAAACACACUGUGCCAAUUCUGCACGAACCUUAAGUAAGAAGCAUUUGCUAAUAAAACCUGAACUUCAAUAUGACUUUAGCCCCAGUUUUGCAUAGUUGUUUCCAGCUACUCUAAAACCAACCAAUCAAUAAUUAAAAAUUAGUUUUCCCUUUACUAGAUGUCCUGCCACAGAGAGAUUAGACUCAGAUCGCACAUUCAGUUAAGUUGAGAGGCAGAGUUAUGUUGUGGUGUGCUGUUGUGAAUUGCACUUAACAACAGUCGGAAAGACUAGGAUAAAAUUUUUGAUACCCAAGUAUCCACUAAUAAAAUCUACUGUAUAAGGAAAAAACAAAAGUCAAAUAAAUCUCUGAACACAGAAGAAAAGAAAAGGAUGUUAGGAAGGGGAUAGGGGCUGGUAACUAGGUGGUCGUUCCAAAUCAUAUAAUAAGUGUUAGCACAUUUAAUAUUAUUCCAUCUUUUUUUUAUAGAAUCAUUUGAAGAAGUACCUCAACAAUACAAAGAUGUUACCGAAUUCAGCUGUACUUCGUUGGCUAUUGAUAUUGAAAUGUUGAACUUAUUCCAUUGGUUGUCAAACUGUUGUUCAAACAUGGAAUGAUUCAACACAAUUUAAAGCGUUUUUUUAUCAUUAUAUUUGCUAACUAAUGACUUUAUUUAUAACUUUAUUAUAGAAGUGUAUAACGGACGAGGAAGGCGAAAAAAUUCCGCUAUUUCGAAUCAAGUAUUCCAAGCUCAAUAAACGGUUUGUUGCAAAAGUUGUACAAGAGGAAAAAACUAUGAAUACUUCACCUACAUUGUUCACAAAUUUUAAAAAGAACUAAUAAAAUUGACAAUGUUCUUUACAGAUAGCGCCCAAAGAGCGACUUCCAAAAGAAGAGAUCAUAGAAAAGUGUCAACAAUUUAAAAGAAUUAAGUUGUAGAUUUUGUACUUUUUUUUAAAUUAAGCUUCUGUUCAAUAAUUUCUCCCCCUCCCCCUUCCAUGAAAUAUUAAGCCCUGGAAUUUCUACCCCAUCUUUGUAACCAACAUAAACGCCAUUAGCACUAAAAAGUCCCGCAAAUCUUGGGUACGACGCAUGCUGGUAUAACUCGUCGCAGCCCCUACCCAAAUGAUUAUGCAUGAACCAGCAGAACUGUCAAUAAGCGGCAUAGUGUACAAUCUAAACAAAGUUGUAAAUAGUUUAUUGUAGAGUGCAAAAAAAUGAGUAAGUAAAAACAACUUCGAACCCAGGGUCUUUUUAUUGCUUACUUGUUUGAUACUUCGUCACUUUUCGCCAAUUCUCUGCUCUCUUGACAUGGAGUGCCACCAAAGCUGUAAACAGCGCACUCUUUAAUAAAACCUCUGCUUGGAAUUCUUUUUGUGUUCCAUAAUACAUUUUUUAUAUGAAAAAUAUUACAAAAUUACUUAAUCACACUCACAUCUAAAAAUACUCAUGAAGAAUUACUCAUGAAACAGGAGAAAAUUUUAUACCAUGUAAUUGAAAGUAUUUAAUAGUGUCUAUCUUGUGUUAGCACAAACAUUCAAUUUGAGAACAUCCUCUAAUAUUUAUCGCACAGGCACCAUAGACCUACUGUAACAUUUAGGCGAGUAAUGCAACAAGGUCUCCAAUGUUAUGUUUGUCUACGUCUUGAAAAGUCGAAACUAAGCUCAUCAUUCGCUGUUCUUUCCGGCUCGAAUUGAACUCCUAGAACCUGCAAAUUAUUUUCAUUCAUUGUUAUCUUCAUGAAGAUCUUUUUCAAACGAGGAAAAAAAUAUAAAAAAACAUUUAGUCGAUGCACAAGUAAGGUAGUUCGUCUAAUAAGAAGCCAGUUAACUACGUCACAAGCAAAAAUGUGCUGAAUAAUGAAUUUACCCAGUCCUUUUGCUGCAUUCAUAAAGAUGGUAGGCCAUUGUAUUGAGAUUAUAACAAACAAACGAUGGUGCUAGGUAUCGGAUAAAUCUUUGUUGUUUAAAAGUGCAAUCUUCGUUAUUUUUGAUACUCAAUAAAACAAUAGAAAAGAUAUUGUUUUUGGGUCAAGGAAAGAUGAUAAUUACGAAAAAAACAAUUUUAUCAAAUGCAUGACUGUUGAUCAGCAGCACUGUAACACUGACUAUGAACUAUGUUUGCAUAUUAACACUUGAAUGUAUAAUUUUCGAGUCACAUUAUUAAAGAUUUUUAGCAUGUGUUUUGAAUAUAUAUAGGACAAAUAUCACUUUAAGUAAUUUAUUCUCUUGGGAAUUGUAGAUAAUAUUUUACAUAAUAUUUUUCUAUAUACAAAUGUAUCAAUGUGAUCAUGGCUCUAAUCUGAGCCAAAAGCUCAUUUAAAACGUGUUGUUUUUAAUUAGUUUUACCUUACUUGACAUGUAUAAUUCAUACGCAAAUCUCAACUGGGCAUUAUAUACAAUAUCUAAAUCAAUUCAUGGGGUUGUACAAGAUUAUGUAUAAUUGAAUAUGAAAAAUAAAAAUAUCCAAUUUAAAAAGUUGGAGAAUAGAUUUGCAAAUUUUCAAAGUAAAAGCCCAUUGUUUUAUGUUUUUUUUUUUUUAAUAUAGUAAAAUGGAUCCUGAAACACAUAUUGGAUUGGGCAGUAAUCUCCACCAAAUACUUUCAAUUAGAUGCAGUGUAAAGAAACCCUUGUUCUGUCAGAAGUGUGAGUCUUGCAAACUUAUUGAAAAGAUCAACCGUUCUAAGGCUUGGUUUAUUCCUCUAAGUCAUAACAAUAAAAAGUGUUUCUUACAGCAACUGAUUCUGUCUGCAGCAGACAGUGUUGUACGAAAGAUACCAAAUAUGUUGACCAGCUUACAAGGCAAAGAUUACCAGUAUGCAAAGACAAGACUAAGACCUAGCAUUUAUGAUGACAGUAUUCAAGAUCCUUCAGAUCAUUCAGUAGAUUUAAAACAGAUUGAAGAUAUGGUGAAUAACGAAUAUAUGUUGUGGUAUCUCAAGUCAACAGAAUGGUCACAGACUAACUACUUAGUAAGCCUAUUUAAGUUAUGCAGUUCGGUCUUGUUAAAUGAAAUUAAAGAGUACAGCAUUGCAUUAUUAACCAACAAAGGAAAAAGUAUAGAAAGUGAAACUAGAUUUGACCCAAGUUGUCUGCCUGUUCCAGAUGAGAUAACGCUCCGAAAAAUACCGAAAUGUCCAAGCGCUCCCCUGAUGAGAUGCAAGUCAAUCUUAAAAGCAAGAAAAAUAAGUUCAGCUAAGGAGAGAAUUACAUUUCAGAAUGAAAAUUCAUAUUUAUUUGAAAAUCUUGGUAAUUCAUCCACACGACCGUCCUCACAACAUUCAAAGGCAUCAUCAAAAGCAAAGUUUGUUUCGCGACAGAAUUCCUCGGCCCGAUGCACACCAAUUUCAUCUUGCUGUUGGGAUUUAGACACACCACAAUCAUUUGUUUCGAAAACAUUUUGUGAAUAUAAAGUUAAUCAAAAUAUUGGUGUGGAUUUUUUGCGAGUUCUACCUGUUCAGCUUUGUAAAAAAAUUUUUGGUUAUCUGGAUGAGGCAACACUUACAACAUUAUCUAGUGUUAAUAAUCAUUGGAAAGAAUUAGCAGAACAAGUGAAAGCAGAGCUGAUAUUAAUCCAAGUUGCCAAGGAAGAUGUUAUGGUUAUGCAGGCAGCAAGUGCGAAAGCGCCACAUCCAUGUUAUGCUCGCUAUGUGCCAGUUCAUAUCCCUGUUGUAGAUAAAGAAGGAAAAUUAAAAGUAAAUCUGGAAGGUAAACAUAUUGAUGUUGUCAUUGAUCAGGAUGAGUUUUGUGACCUUGACAUGGAAGAGUGUUAUAAUGGUUAUGAAACACAGAAAGUGAUGAUGGAAGAAAGGAAUGUAUAUUGCAACAGCUACAAUGUGUUGGUUUUAGAUGCACGAAAGGACAAUCACAGAUAUGUGCAUUAUGGAUGUGGUAGAUUUGUUGGUGUUGGGUCAGUGGAUCGAAAAAUCAGUCUACUUAAUGUAAAUACAGCCGCACAUGUACAAUCUAUAGCUGGCCACACUGGCUCAAUCAAAUGUUUGUGUUUGUAUGAACCUAGCAAUAUUGUUGUGAGCGGAAGUUAUGACACAUCUGUCAGAGUCUGGGACUUGACGACAGGAAAAUGCAAAUUUAUAUUUCGUGGACACAAAGGAACGAUACUGUGUGUGGCUGUGUGCAAAUCUUUUGCUGUCUCUAGUAGCACCGACAAACGAGUGAAAGUUUGGACUCUUGCAACUGGCAAAUGUAAAACGACAUUGCAACAUUCAGUUGUGGUCAGGACGUUAGAGAUUAACGAGGUGUCUGUGAUAACUGGCAGUGAUGCAGGAGUUAUAAAUGUUUGGGACAUCGAGACUGCACUUAUAAUCAAAACAUUAGAAGCUCAUUCGAAUUUAGUGACGUGUUUAAAGUUAACGCAAUAUCAUAUCCUCUCUGGUAGUAGGGAUUGUUUUGCUAUACUUUGGAGUAACAUCGGCGAUUUGACGAAGCCGUUAAAGCUUUACCGACAUCCACAGGAGGUGUUAUGUUUGGACAUUUCGUAUUGUCGCUUGAUAACUUCGUGUGCUGAUGGAAAGAUACGCGUGUGGAACAUGUUAAAUGGUGAUUGUUUGCGUGUCAUACGCGGGAACAGUAAGAACGACGCUAUAACAAGUUUGUUUUGCAGUGAAAAUAGAUUUGUGGUGAGUACAUUAAAUUGCAUCCUUGUAUAUAACUUUGAGCCUGUCGAAUGGAAUUACGAUGCUCCCAGAGAGAGACUGGAAACCAACAGUUUGAACAUUUUAAAGUUAUCACGGGAUAAACCUCCGCAUGCCUAUACACGUGCAAUGAGAUUUUUAUAUCAUGGUUCUCCGAUUCAUGACCGGGACAAUAACGCCAUCCUCCAACCGAAUAAAAGCAAAAGCGUGCAUGUUUGCAACCAAUCAGGUCGUUUAAGUGAAUUUGAAUCGUCAAGGAAAACAAUAAAUCGGAUCAAGAGCGCACCGGCGAUAAACAGAAAUGCAUUAGUGCAACCAACUUUAUCCAGCAUUAAUCGUCAUAUUGAAAGAGUUAAGAGUGCACAUUCUGUUAUGAGGAUAGAAGUUACGAAUAGACUCAAUGUGGGAGAGCAGAUGGUUUCUUCGUCUCAGCUGCAUAAUCCACCUUGGAAUGACAGAGUAAAUAAUCAUUGCGAUGUAGUACCGACGAGCCCCUGCGAUGGACUGCUGAAGAGCCAAGUUAGCAAGACCAACUUAGAUUCCAUAAAGUUAAAAGAAUCUAAGAGUAUACAAAUUAAAACUAGAUAUCGUAGCGCUCCAGCCUACAGAAUGAAGCCACUCCUUUCUUCAGAAAGAGGUUUUACCACGUCGUCUUUUAAAUACGACGAGUUGCCUAGCAACAAGAUGGUAGCUAGAAAACAACGUAGGCCGCAAACAACGGCCAGGCUGUCUAGCGCAAGUCAUGUUUUGAACGAUUUUUUGGAUUUAAAAAUCAAAACGUUUCACUUACAGCUGGAAUAUGAAGAAGAAUUACGUCAAGGGAAAUUUUGACUGCAUGCGAUUAAAAGAUGGCGUUUACUUUGCUGUUUUUACGGUGCCGAUUGCACAAACAACUUAACCUUUUAACUUUAUACUAGAGAACCCGUUUAAUACCUCUAUAAUAAUAUUUUGCCUGCCUGUUCGUAGGAAAAACGUCGUGCUAUGGGAACACGAAAUGGCAUGUAAUUUAAAGACGGGCACUAGUUUGCAAUAUCGUAAUUUAUCGGUUGCUAUAUGGUGCCAUAUUAAAUUUUAAUAAACGCCAAUGUUAACAAAAUUUACACCUAGAGUGAGACUGGAAUUUAUAUUUCUAUGCGGAAUUGUUUAUUAUAUUUAUAUUUAAUAAUGUACUGAUAACCGAAUAAUUAAUCUUUCUGACUAAUA